AUGGACGCCGAUCACCUUCCCACAGAGCAGAGCGCGAUCGAAUUCUCGAAACAGAGCGCGGCGAAUGAGACAACAGCACCAGAUUCGACGGAUGGCGACGAAGUUGCGACGGCACAAUCGAAACUCAGCGACGAGGUGGUAUCGGUCCCACCGACACGUUCCACUCAGAUCGAUGCAGACCUGAUCAUAGUCGCAUAUAUGCUGGCAGGCUACUCAAGUCAGCAGCUUACCCAAACAUUUCAGGACAUCGCGAACCGCCGCGACCAGGGCGAUUACCUAUGGACCUGGAAGAUGUCAAAUAUAACAAAGGUGUUGCCAGCCACGCUUUACGCACUCUUCUUUGACAAAGCAGUAAUGCUUAUACCUGACGCCCUCAAGCUGCUGCAGGAAGCCACACGGGUUCGCAAAAAGUUUGGUAGUGAGCACAGCCAAUCGUUUCUCGACGAGGCAUACCAUAUUCUAGGCUUGGAUGCAGCUGCGAUCGAGAACAAGAGACUCGAGGGUGAGCGACUAGACCAGGAGCUCAGAUACCGCAUAGAUGCAGGCCAACAGCAGCGACAGGCGUACAAGGCGGCAUGGGAGGACGGCUCGCUGGCUGCAGUGAAAUUCACCGUCGAGGACGGUUUGUGGCAGCAGCUGAGUGAGGACCAGAAGCUGCUAAUGGUCAAGUUGACGGACUUGGAGCGCCGACACGGCAAGGUCGAUGAAUAUCCUUGGUAUGGUUGA